AUGCAUUCACAUGCUUUUACAAACUCCUCGCUUGAUGAUGGGCUUUCAGCAAUGUUACAGCAUAUUGAUAAUCGCCAGCUGGAUGUCUUUACCCCGGAGACAUCACUGGGUAAUAGUAAGGCCGGAGAAAGUAUCCGAAGCGAUACUGUCCAAACCCAGGAAUUGCGCGCAGAAUGUCACUGCGGUGACGUUUCUGUUUCUAUCGCUCGUUCAAGAAAGGAAUUCCUUGCUAGUCCUGCAGGCGAUGGAUGGGUUUUGUCAAGAGACAUGAGCAAGUGGCUUGCGGGUUUUGAUGUCUGUGAAGACUGUCACCUGGUGAGUUCUGGUGAGUUGAAUGUUCUAACUUGGAUCCAAUCAUAUAUUCCCGUUCCUGCCGGGGAUCUGAUUAUCAGGUCGUCGAAAAGUUACAAGUCGAGCGAAGAGGUACCACAGACAUUCUGUAGGACAUGUGGCGCAACGGUCCUCUAUAGCUGUACCGACCGGCCAGAGAUAGUUGAUGUGGCAAUUGAGGGAGCAAUGAUUGAGGAUUGGGCAUGGUGGAAUAGAAUCAGUUCCGGCGAUGAUGGAUUGAAGUAUGAUCCGGCCUUCAGUAGAGUGUUAAUUGAGGGACUGAAGGUAGGGAGUAGGAGAGGUAUGCCGGAUGACACCACGAGUGUAGUCUAUUCAAUGACUUUGGAAUCAUACAUGCUCUAA